AUUCCGUUAUUUUCCAUCUUCAUCUCUCUCACUCUCUCCGGUCACCGGCUAAUUUUCCGGCGAACUCAAAAAAACUUGAGAACUUACAAAUUCUGUUUCUUUAGUUCUUUUCAACCGCGCUUUCGAUCGAAGAGAAUCUCCGGCGAUGUUGAAGUAGUAUUAGUUUGGUUAAACAAGAUUAGAGUAAUAAUUAAUUACUUGAAGAUUAAGCAUCAUGUUAGAUCUUAAUCUGAAUGAAGAUUACGAAGACUCGAUCAUGCUGGUGGAAAAACUUCCAGAAGCUUCAUCAGGAACUUCGAAUUCAUCCAUAGUGAAUGCAGAGGCUUCAAGUAACAUCACCGGUGAUGAAGACUCGUGUUCAACACGCGCUGGUGGUGUUUUCACUUUCAACUUCGGUAUCCUGAAGGUGGAAGGAGGGAACGAUGAUGUUGUUGUUCCGACAAAGGAGUUUUUUCCGGUGAGUGCCGGAACUUCAACGAUGAUGAUUCCGGCAAGGAAGAGCGCGAUGGAUCUUACAAUGGAUCGUCGUCUUGGCGGUGAAAAUGGAGUUGUUGAAGUUCAGCAGAAGCCUCAGGCGAAGAAGAGUAGGAGAGGUCCAAGGUCGAGGAGUUCGCAGUACAGAGGAGUCACGUUUUAUCGGAGAACUGGAAGAUGGGAAUCACAUAUCUGGGAUUGUGGGAAGCAAGUUUAUUUAGGUGGAUUUGACACGGCUCAUGCUGCUGCUAGAGCCUAUGAUCGAGCUGCUAUAAAGUUUAGGGGACUUGAUGCUGACAUUAAUUUCAAUCUAGUUGAGUAUGAGGAAGAUAUGAAUCAGAUGAAGAAUCUUUCAAAGGAGGAAUUCGUGCACAUUCUCCGUCGCCACAGUAACGGUUUCUCAAGGGGGAGUUCAAAAUACAGAGGAGUAACACUUCACAAAUGUGGUCGUUGGGAAGCUAGAAUGGGACAACUCCUUGGCAAAAAGUAUAUAUAUCUUGGGCUAUUCGACAGCGAAGUAGAAGCUGCAAGGGCUUAUGACAAAGCAGCUCUAAAAUGCAAUGGAAGAGAGGCUGUGACUAACUUCGAGCCAAGUACAUAUGAAAAUGAGAUGAAACCGGGAGCUAUUAAUGAAGGUGGCAGUCACAAUCUUGACCUUAAUUUGGGCAUGGCGACUCCAGGACAUGAACCCAAAGAAAACAAAGGAUAUUGUCAAUUUCAGACCGUCCCUUCUUACAACAUGCAUCCUGGAAGGAAUUUAAAGAUGGAGACUAAUGUUAAUUCAGUUAUUGGUGACCCGUCUUUGAAAAAGCUGGUUGUAACUGAACAGCGUCCUCCCAUGUGGAAUGCCACGUUUUCUAGUUUCUUUCCCAAUCAGCAGGAAAGGGCAGAGAGAAUUGGCAUUGAUCCUUCAAAAGGACACCCCAACUGGGGGUGGCAAGGGCAUAAUCAAGGCACUGUUUCCCCAGUACCACAAUUCUCUUCUGCAGCAUCAUCAGGAUUCUCCAUUUCAGCUACCUUUCCACCAAAUGCAAUCUUUCAAACACAACCAAUCAACUCAAUUCCCCAGUCACUCUGUUUCACUCCUGGUAGCAAUGCAUCAUCUCAAUACUAUUACCAGGUUAAGUCCUCACAGGCACCACCAUAGCCUAUAUUCUGUAUUUGUAAUAAUAAUACAAGAUAUAUGAAUGGCAUGACGCAACAAGCAUUUGCGUUAAAACUCAAUUGUAUAAUUCAGUUAGGAUUUGAUGUCUACUGAGAUAUGACAUUUUAAUUGCUUAUCUUGGUUAAACCAUUAAUUACGCACAUUGUGUAUCAACCUUGAAAAUAUUGAGAUUUGAUCAUAUUUUUUUCGUGUUUUGA